CACAUGGCACCAUACAUAGACCUUUCCUGCCCAGUUCCAGCUGCCAUGGAUUAAGGACUAACCUAGAAGCCCCGGGGCGGAAAACAAAAAUUACUCCUAGACUGAAUCUUCUAACGCUUGCUCCGGCUGAAUCCACAGACAAUCCUGCUGACUUUAUCCGGCUUUUUCCGGACUUCGAAAUCCCAUCCAUUUCUUACUCCUGAUACUCAUCUCUCUGAAGACGCAUCUAUCUUCCUUAAGACACGAUGGCGUCUUUUUUUUCUGAUUUUGGUCUUAUGUGGUACUUGGAGGAGCUGAACAAGAAAGAAUUCAUGAAGUUUAAGGAACUCCUCAAACAGGAGAUUUUGCAUUUGAGGCUGAAACAGAUUUCCUGGAGUGAAGUGAAGAAGGCAUCUCGUGAAGACCUUGCCAGCUUACUGCUGAAACAUUAUGAGGAGAAGCAAGCCUGGGAUACGACCUUCAGAAUCUUCCAGAAGAUGAAUAGGAAGGACCUCAUUGAGAGGGCAGGAAGAGAGAUUGCUGGACACUCAAAGUUAUAUCAAGCUCAUCUGAAGAAGAAGCUGACCCAUGAUUAUGCCAGAAAGUUUAACGUCAAAGAUCAAGAUUUCUUUAAGCAGAAAUUUACCCAGGAUGACUGUGACCGUUUUGAGAACUUUCUUAUAUCAAAGGCAACUGGAAAGAAGCCACACAUGGUGUUCCUGCAGGGAGUAGCAGGAAUUGGCAAGUCACUGAUGUUGACAAAGUUAAUGCUUGCCUGGUCAGAAGGCAUGGUGUUUCAGAACAAAUUCUCCUACAUCUUCUACUUCUGCUGUCAAGAUGUGAAGAAGUUGAAGAAAGCAAGCUUGGCAGAAUUGAUCUCCAAAGAGUGGCCCGACACCUCAGCUCCCAUAGAGGAGAUCCUAUCCCAACCGGAGAAACUCUUAUUUAUCAUCGACAGCUUGGAAGCGAUGGAAUGCAAUAUGUCCGAACAGGAGUCGGAGCUGUGUGAUAACUGCAUGGAGAAGCAGCCAGUGAAUAUACUGAUGAGCAGUUUGCUCAGGAGGAAGAUGCUUCCGGAAUCCUCGUUCCUCAUCUCUGCUACCCCGGAGACGUUUGAGAAAAUGGAGGACAGGAUUGAGUGCACAAAUGUGAAAAUAAUAACAGGCUUCAGUGAGAGCAAUAUUAAGAUAUAUUUCCGCAGCUUGUUCCAAGAUAGGAACAGAACCCAGGAAGCCUUCAGUUUGGUGAGAGAAAAUGAGCAGCUGUUCACUGUAUGUCAAGUCCCUGUGCUCUGCUGGAUGGUGGCUACUUGUCUAAAAGAAGAGAUAGAGAAGGGAAGACACCCAGUCUCCAUCUGCCGACGUACCACCUCCCUGUAUACCACUCACAUCUUCAAUUUGUUCAUUUCCCAACGUGCCCAAUAUCCCAGUAAGAAAAGCCAAGACCAGCUGCAGAGCUUGUGCUCUCUGGCUGCCGAGGGCAUGUGGACUGACACAUUUGUGUUUAGUGAGGAGGCUCUCAGGAGAAAUGGGAUCAUGGACUCUGAUAUCCCCACACUGCUGGAUAUAAGGAUCCUUGAAAAGAGCAAGGAAUGUGAAAACUCUUACAUUUUCCUCCACCCAUCUAUCCAGGAGGUCUGUGCGGCCAUCUUUUAUCUGCUAAAGAGCCACAUGGACCACCCUAGCCCAGAUGUUGAAAGUAUAGAGACACUCAUGUUUACAUUUCUAAAGAAAGUCAAAGUACAGUGGACUUUUUUGGGCUGUUUCAUCUUUGGCCUUUUACAUAAAUCAGAACAAAAAAAGCUAGAGGCAUUUUUUGGCUACCAGCUGUCCCAGGAAAUAAAGCAUCAGUUGUGUCACUGCCUGGAAACCAUAAGUGGCAAUGGAAUGCUUCAAGAACAGAUAGAUGGCAUGAAGUUGUUUUACUGUCUGUUUGAGAUGGAUGAUGAAACCUUCUUAGUACACGCAGUGAACUGUAUGGAACAGAUUAACUUUGUUGCUAAGGAUUAUUCUGAUGUUAUUGUUGCUGCCCACUGCUUAAAACACUGUUCUACACUGAAAAAACUAUCCUUUUCAACCCAAAAUGUCCUGAGUGAAGAACAAGAGCAUGGCUAUACGCAAAAGCUACUCAUCUGUUGGCAUCAUAUGUGCUCUGUGCUCAUAAGCAGUAAGGACAUCCAUGUACUCCAAGUGAAAGACACUAAUCUCAAUGAAACAGCCUUUUUGGUCUUGUAUAAUCACCUGAAGUACCCCAGCUGCACCCUUAGAGCACUCGUGGUAAAUAAUGUGACCUUCCUGUGUGAUAACCACCUGUUCUUUGAGUUGAUUCAGAAUCAGCGUUUGCAGCACUUGAACCUCAACCUCACAUUCCUGUCCCACAGUGACGUGAAACUAUUGUGUGAUGUCUUGAACCAGGCAGAGUGCAACAUAGAAAAGCUGAUGAUAGCAGCCUGUAACCUUUCCCCUGAUGACUGCAAGGUCUUUGCCUCUGUCCUGAUCAGCAACAAGAUGUUGAAGCAUCUUAAUUUGUCAUCUAACAACUUGGACAAAGGGAUGCCCUCAUUGUGCAAGUCUUUGUGCCACCCACACUGUGUUCUGAAGCACUUAGUGUUAGCCAACUGUUCCCUCAGUGAGCAAUGCUGGGACCUCCUUUCAGAAGUUCUUAGGCGGAACAAAACCUUGAACCACCUAGACAUCAGCUCCAAUGACCUGAAGGAUGAAGGGCUGAAGGUUCUCUGUGGGGCUCUCAGUCUCCCAGACAGUGUCCUGAUAUCACUAAGUAUGAGAUAUUGUCUCAUCACGGCUACUGGUUGCCAGGACCUGGCUGAAGUCUUGAGGAACAACCAAAACCUGAGGAGCCUACAGGUUUCAAACAAUAAGAUAGAAGACGCUGGUGUGAAACUCCUGUGUGAUGCUAUAAAACAUCCCAACUGCCACUUACAGAAUAUUGGAUUGGAAGCCUGCGCACUGACUGGUGCCUGUUGUGAGGACCUUGCUUCUACUUUUACCCACUGUAACACCCUGUGGGGGAUCAACCUGCUGGAGAACGCCUUGGACCACAGUGGGUUGGUUGUACUGUUCAAGGCUCUGAAACAGCAACAGUGCACCCUGCAUGUACUUGGACUUCGAAUUACUGACUUUGAUAAGGAAACCCAGGAGUUCCUGAUUGCUGAGGAAGAGAAAAUUCCAUACUUGCGCAUCCUAAGCAGCGUGUAAGAAGCAGAGAACAAGGGUGGACAUGCUGGUGCAAGAAACAUGGCUGUAUUCUGACCUCAGACUACCUCGAACUACCUCCAAAAGAAAGAGAGCAAGAAUCCUCAAUUUGACCCGUUGUAUGCAAAAAUUACAGGUCACUAACAUUGCAGUGAGACAUAGUUUCUUUACCCCCACCCCAUUCAGAUGUGUUUCUCAAGAUACAUGUGGCUUUCUGUUUGUGCUACAGAUUCAACCAUGCCAUUCAAAGACAGUUAUGGUAAAAUGACUGCCCUAUAAUGACGGUUUUUCCCACACUGGUAUCUUAAGCAUUCAAUAAGGUCUUUAGAUGUAUCUUUACUUUUAAAGAUAAAAGUAUCUUUAAGUGCUUUGGAAAUCUCUUAAAAUGAGAUUUGCCUGUUGGUGGAUUACUGGACCUAUAGUGUCGGUCCAGGCAAUAAUGGUGCUCUAGAGAGUUGUUGGGGAAAUGAUAAUGGAAACUGUUGCUGUUUUGUGUUUUGUAUUAAAUAAUAAAUUAGGCAUGUUCUAAAUCUA